AUGAUGAAGUACUUAAGAAAUCCAAUGCAUUAAUUAAAUAAUUAAUAUAAAAUAAUCCUUGCAUUAAAAGAAUAAUUUGAUGAAUAUUUUUUGAUGGAGGACAAAGAUUUUAAAGAUAAAAUCAUCGGGAUUUAAUUAUAUUCUCUAUAUUUCAUCUCAAAUUAAUAUAGAAAAUCAGAUAGCAAUUUUAAAAAUAAACUUUAGAAUACGAAAAAUUUAUACUUAAGCUUGAUGAUUUUAAAAAUGAAUCUCUAAUAGAUAUUAUAAAUAUGGCUAGUUUAUUUGAUUAAGAAAAAUUAAUUCUUGAGAAAGUUUAAAAUAGAAUGCUAUUUUUGA